UAAAAUAGCUGAUUCUGAGAGCUAAAUUAGGACUUAACAUAUAUUCAAAACAGUUUCUUUCUUGUCAGACAUUUCUCAUUUUUAGAGAAGACAUGGGAGACAAGUCAUACGAGGAAGCCAUUGAAGCUCUCAAGAAACUGCUUAGUGAGAAAGGAGAAUUGAAAGCUGUUGCAGCUGCAAAGGUAGAUCAAGUGACAGCUGAGUUAAAGACAACAUCUGAUGAUUCUGUGGAGAGGUUGAAACAAGGAUUCGUUUACUUCAAGUCACAAAAAUAUGAGAAGAAUCCUGCUUUGUAUGCUGAGCUUGCCAAGGGUCAAAGCCCCAAGUAUAUGAUUGUUGCCUGCUCCGACUCCAGGGUGUGCCCAUCUCAUGUUCUGGACAUGCAACCAGGGGAAGCUUUCGUGGUUCGUAAUGUUGCUAAUAUUGUUCCACCUUACGAUCAGACUAAAUACGCUGGAACUGGAUCUGCAGUUGAAUAUGCAGUUUUGCAUCUCAAGGUUCAAGAAAUUGUGGUGAUUGGGCACAGUGCCUGUGGUGGAAUCAAAGGACUCAUGUCUUUCCUAUAUGAUGGAACCACCUCUACUGAUUUCAUAGAAGAUUGGGUUAAGAUUGGAAUGCCUGCUAAGACCAAGGUUCAAGCAGAACACGGGGGCGAGCCCUUGGGAGUUCAAUGUACACAUUGUGAGAAGGAAGCAGUGAAUGUAUCCCUUGGAAACUUGCUAAGUUAUCCAUUUGUGAGAGAUGGAUUGGUGAGGAAAACUCUAGCACUCAAGGGUGGUUACUACGAUUUCGUUAAAGGAAGUUUCGAGCUUUGGAGUCUCAAUUUCCAGCUUUCUUCGCCCCUCUCCGUCUGAAAUUAUCAUCUGCAGUGACACCAUCUUUGUUCCUUAAUUACUUCUUUUUCCUACAGUAUUGUACUACGCAUGCUUGUCUCCUUUUGGACUUAUGAAUAAGAGAAACAUAUGCUUCUAAUGACUA